UCGCAGCUCCGGCCUGGCCCGUGACAGAGACCCGGAGGGACGCGGGGUCACGAGCGCAGCAAACAUCCUCCUAGAUCGUUUCCGCUCCGCAGGGGCAAGAGAAAGGACUUGGAGCGAGUGACAGCUUCCUCCCUACCCACGGUCGGCGCGGGUCUUCCGCAAGAAGCAGGGAUAGGCUGGGGCGCUAGGGGGCGUGCCCUACGGCCCAGCGAUAGGCUGUUUAUGGAAAAGGGCAGGGCCUCGGUGCCAGACGCUCUCCAGUAGGCUGUCAGAGUUGAAGGGGCGUGUCCCCGGUGCUAGGCGCGGUAUGAUAGGCUGCUUAGCGUGCGGGGGGGGACUCCCGGCGGCAGCAGCCUCCAGGGGCUGAGGUCCGUCUCGGCGGUAGCGGCGGAAGUCUCGCGAGGGAGCGUAGCCGGGAUUUGGCGGCUGGCUGCCUCCCUCUCGCUGGCUGCGAGGAGCUGCCUGGUGUUUGUGUGGAAGGGGGAGGAGGAGAAGGAAAGGAAGCGAGAGGAGCCCGAGCCCCGUCGCCUGCCCGCCGAGGGGAGCGGACCGGACCCUCCGCCCGCUCGUCCCCUCCCUCGCCCCGCCAUGGCCUCGGGAGACACCCUGUACAUCGCCACGGACGGCUCGGAGAUGCCGGCCGAGAUCGUGGAGCUGCACGAGAUCGAGGUGGAGACCAUCCCGGUGGAGACCAUCGAGACGACCGUGGUGGGCGGCGAGGAGGACGAGGACGAGGAGGAUGAGGACGAAUGCUGCGAGGAGUGCGGCCCGCACCACCCGCCCCAUCACUACCACCACCACCAUCAGCCCAUGAUCGCGCUGCAGCCGCUCGUCUCGGACGGAGACCCCAGCGGAGCAGGCGGCGGCGCGGGCGGCGGCGGCGGGGGGCAGCUCCACCUGCACCAUCACCAGGAGGUGAUCCUGGUGCAGACCCGUGAGGAGGUGGUGGGGGGAGACGACUCGGACGGGCUGCGGGCAGACGACGGUUUCGAGGACCAGAUCCUCAUCCCGGUGCCGGCUCCCGCCGGGGAGGACGAGUAUAUCGAGCAGACCCUGGUCACCGUGGCCGCCGCCGGUAGCAAGAGCGGUGGGGGCGGCGGCUCGUCCUCGGCCGGAGGCCGCGUCAAGAAGGGCGGCAGCGGAAAGAAGAGCAGCAAGAAGAGUUACCUGAGCGGGGGAGGCGGCGGUGGGGCUGAAGGCGGCGGAGGCAGGAAAUGGGAGCAGAAGCAGGUGCAGAUCAAGACCCUGGAGGGGGAGUUCUCGGUCACCAUGUGGGCCUCGGAUGAUAAAAAAGACAUUGACCAUGAAACAGUGGUGGAAGAACAGAUCAUUGGCGAGAACUCUCCACCUGAUUACUCAGAGUACAUGACAGGAAAGAAACUUCCUCCUGGAGGAAUACCUGGCAUUGACCUUUCAGACCCCAAGCAGCUAGCUGAAUUUGCUAGAAUGAAGCCACGAAAAAUUAAAGAAGAUGAUGCUCCAAGAACGAUAGCAUGUCCUCACAAAGGCUGCACAAAAAUGUUCAGGGACAAUUCUGCUAUGAGGAAGCAUCUGCACACUCAUGGUCCUCGAGUACACGUAUGUGCAGAAUGUGGCAAGGCCUUUGUGGAGAGUUCCAAACUAAAGCGACAUCAGCUAGUUCAUACUGGAGAGAAGCCCUUUCAGUGCACGUUUGAAGGAUGUGGAAAGCGAUUUUCACUGGACUUCAAUUUACGCACACAUGUGCGAAUUCACACUGGCGACAGGCCCUAUGUGUGCCCGUUUGACGGCUGUAAUAAGAAGUUCGCUCAAUCAACUAACCUGAAAUCUCACAUCUUAACACACGCUAAGGCCAAAAACAACCAGUGAAAGUAAGCGAGAAGAAAGCUCUUGAACUCUCAAAGCAUCUUACAGGAGUAUGGGAAUAAAUAUGCCUCCCCUUUGUAUAUUGUUUCUAGGAAAGAAUUUUAAAAAAAGAACCCUACCCACCUAAAGGACAUGUUUUGAUAAAGUAGUAAAUAAAUAAAUAAAAACUUUAAGAUGACGUUACUAAGAUGCUCUACCUUGCUCUGUAAUCCAAUUUCAAGAACACGGUGUUUUGUAAAGUGUGCUCCCAACAGGAGGGGACAAUUGAUGAACUUGCAUCAAAAAGAGACAAUUCUUUAUACAACAGUGCUAAAAUUGGACUUCUUUUCACAUUCUUAUAAAUAUGAAGCUCACCUGUUGCUUACAAUUUUUUUAAUUUUGUAUUUUCCAAGUGUGCAUAUUGUACACUUUUUGGGGAUAUGCUUAGUAAUGCUAUGUGUGAUUUUUCUGGAGGUUGAUAACUUUGCUUGCAGUAGAUUUUCUUUAAAAGAAUGGGCAGUUACAUGCAUACUUCAAAAGUAUUUUCCUGUAAAAAAAAAAGUUAUAUAGGUUUUGUUUGCUAUCUUAAUUUUGGUUGUAUUCUUUGAUGUUAACACAUUUUUGUAUAAUUGUAUCGUAUAGCUGUAAUGAAAUCAUGUAGUAUCAAAUAUUAGAUGUGAUUUAAUAGUGUUAAUCAAUUUAAACCCAUUUUAGUCACUUUUUUUGGAAAAAUACUGCCAGAUGCUGAUGUUCAGUGUAAUUUCUCUUUGCCUGUUCAGUUACGGAAAGUGGUGCUCAGUUGUAGAAUGUAUUGUACAGGCACUGACCUUUUAUUAACACCUGAUAAUAUGUACAUCCCAUGUAAUAGAAAGGACAACAAUAAAACAGUGGUCCUAAAGAAAGAGUAUGGCAGAAGAUGAUCUGUAAGCACAGUCUAUUUUCUUUUUUUGUCCAGAAUAAUUAUAGUUCUUGAACCUCCCAGAAAUUGGAAGCUUAAAUAAAACUCAAGUUUCCUUUA